GCGGGGUUUUGUUGGAGGCAAAAAUCCUGAAAGGGGCUGUCGUUAUUUUCAGCAAACAUGGAUGCAGGUGAAGACCAAAACACAGGCACCACCAAUGGAAAUCCUCAGACAAGUGGGAACUCACGUGCACCCCAGAUAGCCCACAUGUCUCUAUAUGAGAGACAGGCUGUACAGGCUCUCCAAGCACUGCAAAGACAGCCAAAUGCAGCUCAGUACUUUCAGCAGCUCAUGCUGCAGCAGCAGAUCAAUAGUGCCCAACUCCAUAACUUGGCUGCUGUGCAACAGGCCACCCUUGCAGCUAGUCGCCAGUCCAAUACCCCGAGUAACAGCAUGUCCCAGGCGCCCACCACAGUGAGUUUUUAUGUCAACCUAAGCACCACGUCUGCAGGUGGGACAAUGACUAAUCCCCGUCCCCAUGGGCCAGUCACCUCUGCAACAACUCCAGCUCUCAACCAGUCGGUGUUACUGAGCGGAAACUCGGCAGGACAGGGACAGAUGUAUCUUAGAGUCAACCGCUCUCUCAGGGCUCCCCUUGCUUCUCAGCUCAUCUUUAUGCCUGGUGGUACAGCAACAGCUACUGUAGCAACAGUUGCCCAGACACAGCCGCAGCAGCAGCAGCAGCAACAGCAGCAGCAACAACAGCAACAGCAACAGCAACAGCAGCAACAGCAUGAAGUUGCUCCUACCACUGCCAGUGCACAGUCUGACAAUGAUCAGGUGCAGAACCUGGCGCUGCACUGUGCUUCCACUCCCAGAGCAGUUGCUGUCAAGUCUGAGCUUCCAGAGAGGAAAGAUGCUGCCAGCUUUCCUCUUGGUCAACAGCAGCAGACUUUCCCCCAGACAGCUCAGCAGCAGCAAGUACAACCACAACAGCAACAACAAAUGGCCAAACCUAACUUUACUCAGCAGUCCACCCCCAAGACUAUGACUGUAAAAACUGGAAACCAGGCGGCAAUGACUGUUACUCCCGCUGCGUCUGUAGCUCCCUCCUCCACCUCCUCUCCAGCACUCCCUCUCUCCCAGCUCCUCCUUUCCCCCUCUGCUGCCCCUGUGAUCUUGGUGCCCACCUCAAAUGUUCCUACCUCCACCCAGGGCUACCCAAUCGGCUCAGUGGCCCCAAAAGCCAACGUCAACACGCAGACUCUGGUGGUGCAGCCGUUACAACAGGCCAGCACUACCGCAGACAAAGGCCCUGUGCCUAUCCAGCCCAAGACAGCUCAGGGACACCGUUUACCUGUGCAGCUGCCUCCUAGACACCCACCUCCCAUUCUUCCAGCACCACCUAACAACAGCCAGGCCAGCACUGGGGGGCACAACCCUCCCCACAUCCCUGUGCAGCUGGUGGGAGCCAGGCAGGGCUUAGCAGGAAAUGCACAGGCUGUAGCCCUUGCACAAGCAAGGAGCAGCACAGCCCUGGAAAACACAGCUGGUGGGAAUGUUAAUGCGGUCUUCAACAGCAACGCUAUGACAAAGCCUCCCAAUGGCUCUCUGAAGAGAAAAUCAGACUGUGAUGCUCCAAAUGAGAUGGCAACAGAAUCUUCAGACUCGGCACCAAUGAAAGAUUCUGCUCCUCCCUUAUCCCCCGCCCCUACAAAGGACUCAGCUCCUCCUGUAGCCGCUGCAUUCUCAUCUCCUCCCACCCUAUCCUUACCUCUGCCCUUGUCAAGAGUCGGGCAUGGGGACAAGGAAAGAGCGCCUGUUCCCCAGGCAGUGGUCAAACCUCAAGUUCUCACCCACCUCAUAGAGGGCUUUGUCAUUCAGGAGGGAGCUGAACCCUUCCCUGUGGCUGGACUCCUCAAAGACAGAGAUUUUGCUCUGGUAGGCCGCUCUGAAAACGGACCUCCUUUGUUGAAAUGUGAAUACUGUGGAAGCCUCGCUCCAGCCAGCCAAUUCAGAGGAUCAAAGAGGUUCUGUUCAAAUACUUGUGCUAAGAGGUAUAAUGUAAGUUGCAGCCAACACUUCAAGACAAGCAGGGGGAGAAGUGGUGCAGGACUGGCAUCGCCUCCAGCACCCACUGAGAGCGCUGCGAGGCGCAGGGGCCCCUCUCGCAGGAACAGUUCUAAUAUCGCCUGUAAUAAAUUAUCAAGCAGGCAUCUACCUGUCAAGUGUCACUCUGAGUCCAGUCGCUCAGAGGACGUGUCGAGCGAUGGAGAAGAGGAAGAGGACGAUUCUCCGUCACUUUCCCCAAGCUCUUCACACUCCUGCUCUCGAGCUGACCACAGCGCUCCUCAGUCCGACAGCUCAGCUCCUGGUAGCCUCCCACUGGAGGGCGCCAACUUUCUCUCGGCAACUCCUGCUCAGUGGAGCGUUGAAGAAGUCUGCAGGUUCAUUUCUUCACUUCAAGGUUGUGAAGAGCUGGCUGCCCAGUUUCUGUCACAGGAAAUAGACGGGCAGGCUCUCCUGCUCCUGCGAGAGGACCAUCUCAUCUCCACCAUGAAUAUCAAGCUGGGUCCUGCUCUCAAGAUCUGUGCCUCCAUCAACAGCCUGCGUGAGUGAUGAAGUCAGUACUUCAGAGGCGCACAGGGAUCGUUUUCUCAUUGAUAAUUUCUCACUGAAAUCAAUACCUGGACUUGCUCCUCUGUUAGUAAGAAUUUAAAACCUAAGACUGAGAUCUCCAGGGACAGUAUGGAUGUUUUGUUUUUUUUUUACAAAAUAAUGGUGCUACAUCAGUCAUGCGAAGACAUGGGGAUGGACAGUUUACUUUCUGGACAUUGAAUGUGCAAAAAAAACAUGUUGUAUGCAUACUGUUAUGUCUGAGUGGUGUGCAUGGGCAGUCUGAAGUACCCCUGUCAGUAGUGUUUGUCACUUUUUUUCUGUCAUUGUGAGUAGAGACCUUUUGUAUGUAUACUAUACGCCAGCCUGCAGUAAUCGGUGCUAGGUCUUCUAGCUGGGACGGUUCACCCGUUGGGUAAAAAAAGAAAAAGAAAAAAAAAAAAAGAAACGUUGCCUUCUUGCUGUAUCUCAAACGGUGCUUUAACUUUAGUGAUAUGAUUUUUGACGUCAGCAACAGUCACUUCAUUUAAAUGUCUUAGUCUUGUAGUAGUUAUUUGUUUUUUUUCACCAUAGAUGUUCAAUCCAGGCUCCAAUCACAUCGAGCUAAGGACACUCAAAAAGCCUGGCAUUUUAAUUAGUUCAUUUUACCAGUUAUUAAAAGUUUAGUUUUAUAUCUUUUCCAUUUUGUACUACAAUCAAAAUUAUUUUUUCAUGGAUACAAUAUAGUUUUAGUAGCUUUAAUCAACCUAACUACCUGAAAAUAGGUAUUCCUCAUGGUUUGCUCUCUCAAGGGCUGAGUGGAAGUGCUCUGUGUACAUGUAUGCAGUACUACC